AUGGCCACAGAGAAGCCCCGAACGAGCCUCCGGCUCCCCUCAGACGGGCUCCCGCCCCCCGUCUCGUACCCCGCCAACCACCCAUCGAACGACCGCCGCCUGCGCAUGAAGAAGAACGCACGCAUCUCGGGCGGCCUCCGCGUCCACUGGGACCGCUUUGUGCGCAAACUUGGCUCGGGCACCGCGCCCUCGAGCUCGUCCAACUUCGACGACAGCGUGGGAGAAAGCUCGGGCUACCCGCGCUCCCGCCAGGACGGCCAGGCCGGGGGCGGAGAGGAGCAGGUAGAGGACAGGGUCGACGAGGUCGUCGUCGACCGCGAGUGGUCCGACGAGAUCAAGAGCAGCUCGGUCACCCAUUCGGAGCAUGGCGGCACCCCGGAGAAGACGGGCAGCAAUCAUUUGGGCGGGACGAACACCGACCGCGACUCGUUCGCGAUCCACCCCGAGGGCUUCUGGGGCGUGUGCAGACCGCUCAUUUUCGUCCGCUGGCGGCUGUGGCCGCUUGUGCACUCGUUCUUCAGCACGAGGUUUAUGGACGAGAAGUCGGAGAUGCAUUAUAUCAAGGAGAACUGGUUUUUGCGAAAGAACCUUGCCUUGUGGUCGUCAGCCUUCCUCAUCGUCAACUGGGCGUUUGGUAUCGGCUUCAUCCCCCGUCCGCUGACCCUCGCAGACAAGAUCUUUUACUGGGGCGUCGCCCCAGUUUUCAGCUUCAUCAUCCCUCCGAUGGUCAUCUAUGACUGGCCACGAGAUAAGAGCACGAUCUACCAGGUCGUGCUUGUGUUCGCUAUCUGGAUCUGGUCGAUAUACCAGAUCCUCUUCAUGUACCUCUGUGGACAGUACGAUCCAUCUCGGUCGCUAUUUACCUGCAAUAACAAGGACUACCUGACGCUGUUCUACUAUACUUCGGCAUUGCAGACCAUCGCUCUGUUUGGCUUGAAACUGCACAGAUUCCCUGCCAUGCUCGGUGCCUUGGUCUUCUUCAUCAUGUCUUUUGCACUCAUCGUCCCUCACAAGACAACGUUUGUGCGAAGCACUCAUUUGAUGAACUUCGCGUUCUUCCAGGGCUUCCUGCUCUAUAUCCAUUAUAUGCGUGAAAACGCCGAGAGACGAUUAUACACGCUACGGGAUCAGCUCAAGGUCCAGUUUCGCGCGACGCAGAAGGCACAGGUCAACGAACGCAAGGCGUCGGAUUCGAAACGGCGACUCACGUCAUACGUCUUCCAUGAAGUCCGUGUCCCUCUUAACACUGCGCUCCUCGCUGUCCAGAACAUGGCGGCUUCGGGAGCGGUUACACAAGACAUUGAGUUCAAGGCGCUCGAAGGGAGUCUGAGCAUGAUGUCCAAAGUCCUAAACGACGUCCUCGAUUUUAACCGCAUGGACAGCGGGCGGUUCGAGUCCGUGCUGAAGCCGUACAAGUUCCACCAGGUCAUGCGCUCGCUCUUCAUCCCGCUCAGAAUGGCGACGGACGCGCGGCGGCUGGAGUUCAUCACGGACCUGGACCUUUCCAUCGACGAGGUCGCGCGCCGGGCGCUGUACGAGGCGAUGGGCGAGACGGAGGAGGACAUUCGGCGGAAGUUUGAGGAUAGCCCGGACGAGGACGGGAUCGUCGUGGGCGACGAGACGCGGCUGCGGCAGAUCAUCACGAAUUUGGCGAGCAAUGCGUGCAAGUUCACGGCUGCGGGCGGGAAGCUUACUAUCACGACCAAGCUCGUCAUUCCCGGGCGGCAUUCGUCGAUGGUGGGAGAGGACGGGGAGGAUGACGAAGACGAGGAUGGUGAUGGAGAUGGGGACAGGGACGGGGACGGAGCGGAGAAGGGAGAUGCGGCGGAGAGGCGGAGCGUGUACGACGAGGAGAGCGGUGGGGGCCAGCCGAGGUCCGCGGGCGCGAACGAGCAUCACAAGCUGUCCAAGUCGCACCUGAACCAGCACAACGUGCUGACCGGGAAGCCGGCGCCGCCGCUGGAGUGGAUCGUGGUCCGGAUUGAGGUCAAAGACACGGGCGUCGGCAUCAGGCCGAAGGACAUGGUGCAGAGCAAGCUAUUCUCUGCCUUCAACCAGACGGAGCAGGGACGACUGCAGGGUGGCAAGGGCACUGGGCUCGGCCUCGCGCUCGUGAGGCAGAUCGUGAAGCUCAGUGGCGGACGUCUUGGUGUUCAGUCCAAGGUCGGGGAGGGAUCGACGUUCUGGGUUGAGCUUCCUCUCGGCGUCGGAAGCAAGGCGCUCCCAGCGCUCAAUCUGCCCGCCGACAUCGACGACGACGAGUACGGCAGUCCACGAGGGGCGUUGUACGGGAGUCACAGGGACCACGACCCAACUGUGCCCAAGGUAGGGGCUGUGGGUCGGGACGGACUGGACCAUGUCCGCUCAUCCCUCAAUUUCAACCAGUCCUAUUCUUCGUCAGCGCUGCACAGUAUCAUGGAGCAAGCUGGGCUCGUGGAGAUCUCGACACAGCCGACGGAGGGGCCGCUUACACGGACGAUCGGGGACCCGUCGACAGGAACAGAGCUGCAGACUCCAGGUGGGGACGACUCGCCACCACAUCCGCAACGACCCGGGCCUCCCGCGGAGAACUCGUCAGACACUGUGCGCGGGCUGCGUCUGACGCACCUGCCCAAACCGCAAGCGUUCACCGUCGACGGCGCGCUCAUCUCGCCCACGUCUUCUGCCGGGACGGGCACACCGCCAGGCCAGGGCGGUUCGUCACUAUUGACGUCUGGGUCGAGCGCGCGGGACGACUGGAAGCUGAACGUGCUCGUCGUCGAUGACGAUCCGCUCACGCGGAAGCUAAUGAGCCGGAUGCUCACCCGAUUAGGGUGCAAAGUGAUGACGGCGGAGAACGGCGAGGUCGCGCUGGACCUUAUCUUGCACGGGACGACGCAGCGCGAGACGCCGUCGUCGGAAGACACGGGCUCGGGCGGGCUGUCGCUGGACGGUGUGGGGGCGAACGAGAACGAGUACCGGUUUGCGGUCGUGUUCUUGGACAACCAGAUGCCGGUGCUGUCGGGGCUGGAUGCGGUUGCGAAGCUGAGGGCGCUGAAUCGGAAGGAUUUCGUGGUUGGAGUUACUGGGAACGCGCUGCUGAGCGACCAGCAGGAGUAUGUGAAUGCGGGGGUAGAUCACGUUCUCACAAAACCGGUGCUCGAGAAGAGUCUGAAGAGCAUGCUCAGCAUCGCGGAGGAGCGUCGAAGACGAGGGCUGCAGCAAACACACGAAUCCCAGCAGCCUUCUGCGGCUUCAUAG